AUGGCAGGAGUAUCGAAGAAGUACGCGGUCAGAGAAGUCGUUGGUGUACUCAAGGCUUUCGGUGUCAUCUUGGGCAUUUCCGAGGCUAUCCUGGGCCUCACCAUCUUCGCGGUUGGAAACUCACUGGGUGACUUGGUGGCUGAUGUCACGGUUGCCCGCUUAGGCUAUCCAGUCAUGGCACUGUCGGCAUGCUUUGGAGGGCCAAUGCUUAAUAUUCUUCUUGGUAUCGGCAUUGGAGGUGCCUGGAUGACAACACAGGCGGCGAACAAGAAACACGCCCAACACCCGCACAAGCCGAUCAAAUACAAGCCUUACCACAUCGAAGUCGGCGGCACGCUCUUGAUCUCGGCCAUCACGGUUCUCAUCACCCUCAUCGUACUACUCAUCGUCGUGCCCUCGAACAAGUGGGUCAUGAGCCGAAAGAUCGGGUGGGGGCUCAUCACCAUUUGGACCAUUAGUACCGUCGUCAAUUUGGUUGUUGAAAUGACCGGCGUGUGGAAGGAUGUAGCGUAA